CCACCCUUUGCGCGCACCCCGCCAUCAGUCGCGAAGAGAUCGAGCAGCGGAAAUAGGAACAUGAGAGGCAUGGAGGACCGCAGACCGCCGGGUGGCCGCCGCCACGAGCCCGCGGCCGCGGAGCUUCCAGUUCCCAGGGAGCACGGCGGGUCAUUGGCGUCCGACGACGAGGACUCCGACGGCGAGUUCGAGUUCCCCUCCGUGAGCCGGGAGCCGGCGGCGGGCGGGGGCGCCGCGGCGGCGGCGGACGAGCUCUUCGCGGGCGGCCGCAUCCGCGCGUUCUACCCGGUGUUCGGCCGGGUCCUGGACGACGAGGCCGCCGCCGCACCGGCCGCGCCGAGGGCGCCGCUGGGCCGCCUGUUCCAGCUGGAGCAGGCGCGGACCUCCUCCGUCGCGUCCACAUCCUCCACCUCGUCGUCGUCCUCGGCGUCGACGGCGGACGGUAGCGCGGAUCUCGACGGCGCGCCGCCCGACAGCUACUGCCUCUGGACGCCCGGGUCGUCGCCGGCGUCCUCGCCCUCGCGUCCGCCGCGGAAGAGCGGGUCCACGGGCUCCGUCGCGCGGUGGCGCCGCAUCGGGGACCUCGUCGUCGGCCGCAGCCACAGCGACGGCAAGCACAAGUUCCUCUUCCUCUCCGCGCCGUCGUCCCCGGCCAGGGACAGGGAGCACUCCCCCGCCGGCUCCAAGCCGAAGCCACCGCCGCCCAAAGGAAGCAAGGCCGCCGGCGCCACCGAGCUCGACACGGUCGCCGCGGGGCGCCGGAUGUCGUACGGCGGCGCCAAGGCGACCCCCGGCGGGCGGCGCACGUUCCUGCCGUACCGGCAGGACCUCAUGGGGCUGUUCGCCAACGCGCACGGGCUCAGCCGGAGCCCGCACCCGUUCUGAGCCCCCACCGACGCGCCGACCCGUCACCGCCGUGGGCGACCCGUUCCAAACAGGGAGAUUUUCAAGUCUGAAUUCGGGAAUUGAAAUUUAAGACCAUUUGACCUGGAGGAUCCCCUGCAAACCGGCAUAGUGCUACGUGCGGCGGUGUGGGGUUUAAAGCGAAGUCAAAAGAACGGGGCGUGAAGUCAGACAAAGCAGGGGAAAUGCGGGCCUUCCCUUUCGGAUUGAGGUUUGUGAAGGUGGUAGGCCAGUACUACUGCUACGGAGAAAUUGAAAGAAAAAAAGGAUACAUGCGGUUGUUUGUAUAGGUGACUUUGUACAUACGAUGUAUGAUGUAUAGUAGUAGAGAAGUAGGUGGGUAUAUUUCACGGGGAAAUCACCUUUCCUUGUUUGCAAUCUACCAUUAUUUUUUAUA